AUGACAACAACAAAUGAUGAUCCAAACUUUACAGAUAUCAUGUUUUCUUGGUCUCUUCAAGACAUUUUCAACCAAGAUUUGUACAAAGAUCAGGUGAAAUGUAUUGAGCUAAGAUUCAAGUCUGCUAGUCAUUAUUUUGGGUCCUAUGUGUAUCCAUUACUGGAAGAAACUCGAACACAACUGUGCUCGAGUAUGGAAAUCUUACAAAGUUCACCUUUUGCGGAAGUAGUUUCACUUAAAGAGGCACCUGAUACUAAGAAUAGGAUGUUCUACAAUGUUAGAACUAACAGAUGGAGAAACAGGUCAUCAGGUCAUGGAAAUCAAAUGUACAAAACAUUGACUGGCGAUGUUUUUAUUUUAGCUGAUUUUAAGCCUGAAAUUGUCGACGAUUUACAAAGGACGGGAAAAAUGUGGACUUUGGUAGUGUCAGCUGGGGUUGUGGAGGAGGAGACCAAUGAUCAUAAUGUGGAACUUAUGUCUUCUUUCAAAAUUCUUCCAUCGAAAGAUAUUGAUCUCGUUGAAGUAGGGCAGAAGUCUAUGUUUAUGAUAUUUUUGACAAAUAUAACCCCCAAUAGAAGAAUAUGGGAAGCCUUGCAUAUGUCGCGAAAUUCAAAGCUAAUCGAGAAAAUUUUAUGUGCUGGUGAAGAGGUUGAGGAAAAUUGUGAUUACUGCCAUCUGCAGACUGAUGUUCUAAGUCUAAAGGAUGACACGGCAUAUCAAAGGUUAAUAUCUGAUUUGAAUGAGUCCCAGAAAAAUGCAAUUUCUGCUUGCCUUUCUUCCUCUCAAUGCAAUCAUCAGUCGACCGUGGAUCUUAUCUGGGGUCCCCCAGGAACUGGAAAAACCAAAACUUUGGGCACUUUGCUUUUUGCCCUACUGAAGACGAACUGUAGGACUCUUGUUUGUACCCCCACAAAUGUUGCCAUUAAGGAAGUUGCAUCUCGUGUCUUAAGCAUGGUGAGGUCAUCCUUUGAUGGAAAUUCUGAUGAUUUGUUCUGUCCAUUAGGAGACAUUCUAUUAUUUGGGAACCACGAUGAACUUAAAGUCGAGGAGGAAAUCAAAGACAUUUAUUUGGACUAUCGCGUCGAACAGCUUUCUAUGUGCUUUAGACCUCCUAUUGAUUGGAGAUAUUGUUUUGGUUCAAUGACUGAUCUUCUUGAAAAUUGUGUUCCGCACUAUCAUACAUUCAUUGAAAAUGAGUUGAGAAAGAAACAAGAGGGAAUUGAUGAUAAGAAGACUAAUUGGACUAAAGAUGAUAAGGCUUCUGAUUGUAGUGAGAGCAUGUGCAAAUCUUUUCUUGAGUUUGUGAGGGAAAGGUUUCUUGAAAUAGCAUUACCACUCAGAAAAUGUAUAUCUGUCCUACGUACCCAUGUAUCCAAAAGUUAUAUCGGGGAAGAUAUCAUUGAAGGUUUAGUCUGCCUUGUUCACUCCAUUGAUUCCUUUCAAUCUUUGUUGCUGCAAACUAAUAUUGUUUCUGAAGUAUUGGAACAACUAUUUUGUCCUCCUGAAAGGCAACAACCUUUUUCUUUUGAGUCUUCUGAGGGUGCUGAAUACUUAUUGAACAAUAGAAGAAUUGAAUGCCUGUAUUCUUUAAUAACCCUGGAAGAUUCACUUGGUAAACUCGACUGGCCGGAUGUUACACAUGAAGAAACAAUCAGAGUAUUCUGUUUACAAACAUCCUCAUUAAUAUUUUCCACUGCUUCUAGUUCUUUCAAGUUGCACUCUGUUGCCAUGAAACCACUAAACGUUUUAGUGGUUGAUGAAGCUGCACAAUUGAAGGAAUGCGAAUCAAUCAUACCUCUACUACUAAAAGACAUAAACCAUGGAAUUCUUGUUGGAGAUGAACGCCAGCUACCAGCUAUGGUUGAAAGUAAUGUUUCUCUUGGAGUUGGUUAUGGAAGAAGCCUAUUUGAAAGGUUGGAUUUAUUGAAUUAUCCAAAUCACUUUCUCAAUAUGCAAUACCGAAUGCAUCCGGCAAUAAGUUCCUUUCCAAAUUCACAGUUCUAUUUAAACCAAAUUCUUGAUGGUCCAAAUGUUAUGAGUAAGAACUAUAGAAAGAAUUAUCUCCCAGCGCCAAUGUUUGGUCCAUAUGCCUUUAUUAAUAUAGUUGGUGGCAGAGAAGGAUUUGAUGAUGCUGGGCGAAGCCGGAAAAAUAUGGUUGAGGUUGCUGUUGCUAUAAAAAUAAUUCGGAAGUGUUUCAAAGUGUGGCUUGACUCAAAAGAGAAGCUCAGUAUAGGUGUAGUUUCUCCAUAUGCCGCCCAAGUUGUUGCUAUUCAGGAUGCACUUGGACAAAAGUAUGAUAGGUAUGAUGGAUUUGAUAUAAAAGUGAAAACAAUUGAUGGCUUCCAGGGCGGAGAACAGGACAUUAUUAUUUUAUCAACUGUGAGAGCUAAUGCCAGUGCGUCACUUAAGUUCAUCUCCAAUCACCAGAGGACCAAUGUUUCUCUUACAAGGGCAAGGCACAACUUGUGGAUUUUGGGAAAUGAAAAGACCCUAGUAAGUCUGGAUAAUGUCUGGAAAGAUUUGGUCCUUGAUGCAAAAAAGCGUCAAUGUUUCUUUGAUGCUGAUGAAGACAAAGAUUUGGCAAAAAGCAUUUUGGAUACCAAGAAAGAGCUAAAUCAGCUUGAUGACUUGCUUAAUGCAGAUAGUGUCAUUUUCAAAAAUUCCAUGUGGAAGGUUCUUUUCAGUGACAACUUCUUUAAAUCAUUUAAAAGACUGCGAUCCGAGCAGAAAAAGAAGUCUAUCAUUGGACUCUUGUAUAAACUUUCUAGUGGAUGGAGACCAAAAAGGAUUGAAGUGGACUUACAUUGUGGAAGUUCAUCACAAAUGUUAAAACAAUUCAAAGUUGAAGGUCUCUUUAUUGUUUGUUCGAAGGAUAUCGUAAAAGAAUCAAGGUACACUCAAGUUUUGAAGAUAUGGGAUAUCUUGCCUCUAGAGGAUAUCCCAAAAGUAGUGAAGAAUCUUGAUAAUAUAUUUGCAAGCUACACUGAUGAUUUUAUUAAACGCUGCAGUGAGCAAUGUUUAGAGGGGAAAAUUGAGGCCCCGCUGACUUGGGAAAGAACAACAGAUAUUAUCAAGUUUAAGAACAUUGAUAAUCUUGGAAAUGAAGCUGAAGUGAGUAAUUGUGAUGAAAGACUUUAUGUUGAGAAUUCAAAAGUUGAGGAGAGCUUGUUAUUGAUGAAAUUCUACUCAUUAUCACCAGUUGUGGUUAGUCACUUGCUUUCUCAUCAUAACAUCGAUGACUUAGAUCUGCCGUUUGAAGUAUCUGAUGAAGAGCGUGAGAUAAUUCACUUUUCUAGAAGUACAUUUAUAUUGGGGCGCUCUGGUACCGGCAAAACCACUAUUUUGACCAUGAAGUUAUUUCAAAAAGAGAACUUGCACCAUAUGGCUCUUGAAGCAACAUAUGGAAUUAAAAGUAGUGAAUUUCCUUGUUUGAAUGAUGAUAAAGAGCAUGAAGAAAGCUCUAAUGGGAAUGACAGACCUAUCUUACGCCAAUUAUUUGUGACAGUGAGUCCUAAACUAUGUCAGGCGGUAAAAGAUCAUGUUGUUCGAUUGAAAAGAUCCAUAUGUGGUAGCAAUGUCUCUGCUGAAAGUAGUCCUAUUGAGGAAGAUGUUGAUGUUGAUACAUCAAUCCAGUUUAAGAAUAUACCAGAUACUUUGAUUAAUCUUCCAGCCAACUCAUACCCACUUGUGAUAACAUUUCAGAAGUUUCUAAUGAUGCUUGAUGGGAGUUUAGGGGAUUCAUAUUUUGAAAGAUUUGGUGUAGAAUCUGUUGCUUUAGAGACCUUGAUGAGGAAGAAGGAGGUGACUUAUGACAGGUUUGAUACAAUAUAUUGGCCGCAUUUCAAUUCCCAGUAUACUAAGACUCUAGAUCCAUCUAGAGUUUUCUCUGAGAUCAUGUCUCAUAUAAAAGGGGGUAUGCAAGCACUAGAGCAUGGUGAUGGUAAGCUAAGUCGCGAGAGUUAUGUUUCCUUGUCUGAAAACCGAGCAUCAAGUUUGAGCAAACAGAAAAGAGAGGUGAUAUAUAAUCUUUAUCAAAGCUAUGAAAAAAUGAAGAUGCUCAGAGGGGAUUUUGAUUUAGCUGAUAUUGUAUCUGAUCUUCAUCUUAGACUCAGAACUAAAAGAUACGCGGGUGAUGAGCUUCAUUUUGUGUAUAUUGAUGAGGUGCAAGAUCUAACCAUGAGCCAAAUAGCUUUGUUUAAAUAUGUAUGCUCAAAUGUAGAAGAGGGUUUUGUUUUCUGCGGGGAUACUGCACAAACAAUAGCAAGAGGAAUUGAUUUUAGGUUCCAAGAUAUAAAAUCUCUCUUUUACAACAAGUUUGUUCUGGAAUCCAGGAAAAGUUCAUAUAAUCAGGGAAAUGAAAAAGGACUGGUUUCAGAUACUUUUUUAUUGAAUCAAAACUUUCGGACUCAUGCUGGAGUGCUGAAAUUAUCCCAAAGCAUCAUUGAGCUUCUUUCUCGAUUUUUUCCUCAUUCUAUUGAUUCUCUCAAGCCUGAGACCAGCCUCAUUUAUGGGGAAGCUCCCGUUGUUCUUGAAUGUGGAAAUAGGGAAAAUGCAAUUGUAACGAUUUUUGGCAAUAGUGGACUUGUCGAUGGGAAAGUUGUUGGCUUUGGAGCUGAACAAGUAAUUUUGGUACGUGAUGAUUCGGCGCGGAAGGAAAUUUUAAGCUAUGUAGGGAAACAAGCUCUUGUUUUAACCAUUUUAGAGUGCAAAGGCCUCGAGUUUCAGGAUGUGUUGCUCUACAACUUUUUCGGCGCUUCACCUUUGAAAAAUCGCUGGAGGGUGAUUUAUGAGUACAUGAAUGAACAAGAUAUGCUGGAACCUGCAGAAUCAAAGUCUUAUCCAAGUUUCAGUGAUUCCAAACACAAUAUUUUGUGUUCUGAACUCAAGCAGCUUUAUGUUUCUAUAACUCGUACAAGGCAAAGGUUAUGGAUAUGUGAGAAUACAGAGGAGUUCUCAAUACCUAUGUUUGACUACUGGAAAAAGAAGGGUCUUGUGCAAUUCAAAGAAUUGGAUGAUUCUCUUGCCCAGGCAAUGAAAGUUGCAAGUAGUCCAGACGAAUGGAAGUCGCGUGGCAAAAAGCUAUAUUAUCAAAACAACUUUGAAAUGGCAACAAUGUGUUUUGAAAGAGCAGGAGACUCUUAUUGGGAGAAAAAGUCUAAAGCUGCUGGUCUUAGGGCAACUGCAAACCGUUUGCAUGAUUUUAAUCCUGAGGGUGCAAAUGCAACCCUUAGAGAGGCUGCUGAAAUUUUUGAAGACAUAGGAAUGGCGAAUUCUGCUGCCCAAUGUUUUUCUGAUUUAGGAGACUUUGAAAGAGCUGGGAAGCUUUAUUUGCAAACAUGUGAAGAGUCUGAUUUGAAAAGAGCAGCGGAUUGCUUCAACUUAGCUGGAUGUUAUGAAACAGCCGCUCAAGUUUAUGCUAGAGGCAGUUUCUUCUCAGAUUGUUUGACGGUUUGUGCAAACGGAAGAUUGUUUGAGAUUGGCUUCUCUUACAUUCAACAUUGGAAACAAAACAAAAAUGAUGACCGUGGUAUGAUUAAAAGUCUUGAUCUCAACACAAUAGAACAAAAAUUCCUGGAAAGUUGUGCUCAAAAUUAUCUUGAUCAUAAAGAUACCAGUUCCGUGAUGAAGCUUGUUAAAACUUUUCACACAAUGGAUUCGAAGCGUGUCUUCUUACAAUCAUUGAAUUUACUGGAUGAGCUUCUUGUGUUAGAAGAGGAAUCAGGGAACUUUCUGGAGGCAGUAAACGUUGCUAUGAUGUUGGGUGAUAUUCAACGUGAGGUUGAUCUUCUUGGAAAAGCUGGUAAAUUCAAGGAAGCUUUUGAACUUCUGCUUUUCUAUAUACUUGCGAAUUCUAUUUGGUCUUCAGGAAGCAAAGGGUGGCCUGUAAAGCAGUUUGCACAGAAGGCUGAGCUUUUAGGAAGAGCCUUGUCAUUCGCAAAACAAGAGUCAGACAGCUUCUACGAGCAUGCAUGUAUGGAAGCUGAAAUAUUAUCAAAUGAUCAUAAAAAGACUUCUGAAAUAAUGAUUCGUUUGAAAUCUUCUCGCAUCCAUGAGAGUAUCAGAGGUGAAAUAUUAUGUUUGUGGCAACUUUUGGAUGUCCACUGUCAUCUGAAUAACUCUAAAUACGUUUGGCAUGACAGUGUGAUUAAUGAUGCUGCUGUUGAGGGAAUGAUUUUGGAGAACCAUCUUUCUAUGGAGACAUUGUUUCGUUGUUGGACAUGUUGGAAGGAUACCAUUGUUCUCAUAUUGGAAUGUCUUCCAAGUUUUAAAUCCCCGGAUACUCAACAGCUUAGCAGUUAUGCAAAAUUUGCAUUGAAUUAUUUGGGUGUUCGGAAGCUAACUUGUAAUCUGAAUGAGGUUUACUCUUUGCUCGUCCCUGAUGCUAACUGGGUUAUAAAAUUGGGUGAUAGGUUUCAAAAGAAGGAUGGAAGGCUAGUUUCUGUUGAUGUUGAUUCAUUAGUUUCUUCUGCCCAGAGCUAUUGGAGUUCAGAACUUCUUUCUGUUGGCAUCGCUGUUUUGCGCAACCUUGAUGCACUAUACAAGUUUUCAGUUAAUACAGACCUUUCUGAUUUUCAGCAGUUUCAGUCUUUGUUGCAUAUCUACGAAGUCUCGGAAUUUCUUCUUGGAUCCAAAUGUUUUAGCCACACCCAUGGUAACUUGAAGACUUUGGACAAAUUUCGCAGACUUCCAAUCGACCGUUUACUUCGGUACAUAGUUCACCUAGACUGGAAGAAAUCUCUAACAAAAGGCAUGGUCUUUAUAAGGACAACUGAGGCUUGUAAAGAUCUGGUGAAAAAGACCAUCUGCGAGAACAUUAGGCUGAAAGAUAGGCUAACAUACGGUCAAAUUGGAAGGGUUGCAGUUAUGAUUCUUGGUACAGCUGGUCUGCUUAAUGAACUGUAUGCGGAAAUUAUGACCAGAUUUGAACAUAACAUACCCUGGAAAAAAUUCAUUCAGCAGUGGAAUUCAUCUCAAGAAAUUUCACAAGGAAGUGAUUCAUCUGCAGAGCUGAAUUGCGUGCUCAGUCUUUAUGAAGCUCUGGAGUAUACUUACAAUGUGAACUGGAUGAAGGAAACUGAUUAUCUAUCACCGAGUUGUUUUAUGUAUCUGGUUGAACGGCUUCUGCUCUUGGCAUCAUGCAGAAAGGGGCUCAUGUUUGCUACUAAGUCAUCUUUCAUUGAAUGGCUUAAUUACCAGGAUGAAAAUUCACUAGCAAAUUUGAGUUUAACUCCAGGUAUGAAUAUGACAAAGGCGCAUAAGUUCAUUGCGCGUAUCAUCCAAGAGUUGAUUAAUAAUCAAAAUGGUAGCAUAAAUUGGCUGAGGAAGUCAAACUUAGAUGUGAAGAGUUGUUUACCACUGUUUGUCCUGAGAUUGGUUGUCUCAUUAUGUUUGCUUCACCUCAGCACAAGGAAGUAUUUAGAGCCACUUUCCACUUUGUUGGGAAAGAGCCAUAUCACCUCGCAACUGCCGUUGGAAUUUUGCAAUGUUCUUAAGAGAGGAAGGGAAGUCAUGGAUUUGAAAGUCAUUGCUGAGGCACUUAAAGUGAUUGACAAUCCCUUGGUUAUUGUCAAGUUAGGCAACAGUUCUUCAAAAAUUAUUUGUCCUGAUGCUGUGUUUGUAGAUUUGAUGGUCUGCCGGCAAAAAGAGCUCAUAUUGCAGAUGUUGUUUCCGGAUAAAGUCGACAGUGUUGAUCGGGAAAAUGCAGAAGUUAUGGUUGAAUCUUCUGACUCAAGCCAUGUUUCUGUUUCAACGGACAUGUAUACAAAUUUUGACUUGGUAUGGGAUAGCUUGGAAGACUUACUUUCAACAAUUGAGAAAGCCGAUUUUAAUAGGGAGUCUCCUGAUUCCAAUACGAUGAAAGCCUUAAUUAUAAAGGGUUGGUUGAAGUUGAAGUCAUCCCAUCUUCUGGAUCUGUUGGAUACCUGCUUAAAAUUUCUGGCUCAAGAAUAUAAAUUUAAUUUUCUUGUGCAACAAAUCCCUGGUGCUACCCUUGAAAAACAAAUUGAAGCAGCCGAGGAGUUGGCCUUCUUUGAUGAAAUUAAGCAACUUUUUUCCGCAUUGAAUGCGAGAAAUGUGAGUAUGACAAAGACUAAGAGGAUUGCAAACAGCAUUUUAGUUGAAGAACUCGCGAAGAAAAUUCUUGCAAAACGACCAAAAGUUGAGAAAAAUUUGAAGAAGCUUACAGGAAAAAGGACUGCAGCAGGGAAUGAUGAUGAGGUGCAAAAUGUCGACUCAGAUGCUGACUCAGAUGUUGACUCGAAUGUCGACUCAGAUGAAUCAGAAGAAGAUAGCAUAAAUGAUGUUCAGGUGCAAAAAGGUGUUCAGGUUCAAAAUGUGGCCAAGAAUUUCCAUGGAAAAGGGAAGAAGAAAAACAAUAAUCCCAAGAAAAACAAGGGAGGGAGAAAGAGCUGUAAGAUGGAAUGUCCUUCGGAAUGUGCUUCGUGCAUGCGAUACCAUGAUGAUCCAGAAGCUCAGAGGAGUAUCCGGACAUUUAAACUCAUUCAGCCUAGGGAAAAUGUUAACAUGUUCGUUCGGGACUGUGGGGGAAGCUAGCUUUAUGUAGCACUGCAGUAUCAAGACUUUGACAUUUUCUGAAGUAUUACUAUUAGUAGUAGUUUGACAUUUGAACUCUAAAUGCAGUGGAAAUUAAACAUGCUUAUAUGCUUAUUAGUAUUACUUUAUCAUUUCCAAUCAAAUUUAACAGGUUUCUCAUUUUCUAUUAAUGCAUUGAUUCCUCUAUUCCUUCAA